CAUUUGCGACACCUCAAAGGGCCUUUUGCCUCCCACCUGUAUCCUCCGGCAGGGACACUGGAGCCUGCGGAUUGUGGGAAUAAACCUUAAAACAUGUUUAAAGUAAUCUUAACCAAAAGUAAAUCCAUAAUAGCGGCUGAUUUUACAGCAUCUUUUCAUUCUUUAAAAUAGAUCAAUCGGACCUUCUGAUCACAUGGGAAUCAGAGGAGAGCGCCCGGUGGCUCAGAGGCUGUCAUUCGCGGUGGAGAGCUUUUUUUUCUUUUUCCUCGCUGAGAUGAAGUCACCCGCGGAGCCUGCCGAUGUUUAGUGCGUAAACGCCGACAGGACACAUUGUUGAGAAACCCCGCCGCUUUGAAACAUGCACAGAGGACCCACCAAACAAUCGCAACAGGCAGGUGAAGUCUCCGCUGCUUCCUGUAGUCCAACAGGCUUCACAGGUGUUGAUCCAGCGAGUCGCGUUUGCGUCUCAGUUGAGGAAUUCCCCGAGUUUGGAGAGACGAGUCCCGCAAGGAGACGGUAGUUUCAAACCAAGUGUCGGUAGCGGACUGGCUGUAUUGCCUGGAAUUCAUCAGAACACAUCGCUUUGGAGAAGCUUGCGGGGUCGAGGGGGCAUGAAUUGAAAGUGGAGAUCGAGAGAGCGCACAGGGGGCUUACCAUGAGACACCCAUUCAUGUCGUCUUAGAUUACUGAUUUUUCCCGGAGCUACGGCACCGACCUGCCACCCAGAGCCGCCUAUAACCUCUCCAGACUCCGGGGCGUCACGCUGCGCUGAUGGAGACAUUACUCCUCUAGUCUACUUGGAUCCGUUUUCUGGGCUCUUCAUCGAUAUUAGUUCUCCCAUUUUAAUGAUCACAGGAGUUGGAAAAAACUGGAAAGGAGGAAAGACAUGAAAGACACGUGGAUUCCGGAGGCGCACCGUCGAGUCCGGUUUUGAUGCGUGCAGGUGUCCAAGUAACCAUCCAGUUCUCUCUCUGUGUGUAUUAAUUGCUACCACAUUUACAGGUCUCUGAUAGAUUUCUGCAAAAACUGCAUGAAAACGAAGAAGAAGACGUUCAGCAGGAGUGCUGCGAACACAGGGAUGCCCCUGGUCGGAUAUUUGCUUUGGGUUUGAGGGGAAAUCGCUCGGAUAUCAAACCUCUCUAGCGGAGACGCAGCAGAGGCUCAGGAAUUACAGAGAGCAGGAGCGAAGAAUUUGGAAAGUAGAACUUACAUUUACGGAUUACCAGGCUUUUUUCUUCUCCGGAACAACUGUGGACACGCUCUUCUUUGAUGUCUGAAAAGACUGUUGUGUGGCCAUGACGAGUGAUGAGGAGGAGGACCCCGGCGUUGCAACAUCAGCAGCAACGGCACCGUCAGCCGCAGCAGCCUCCUGGGUGACGGCCGCCACAUCCAGGGGCGACAGCGAUGAUCCCGUCACCACGUCGUCCCCCUGCAGGCCCUCCCCACACCACCACCCAUGUCCCGAGGAAAAGGAGGCGAAAGAGAAGCAAAUAGAAGAAGGGAUUAUUCAAGAAGAGAGGAGAGAGACGGAGGAGGAAGGACAACUGGUGGAGUGCGAGGGGGAUGAUGAAGACGAGGAUGAUGAUGAUGAUGAUGAUGGCAGCAGUGAUACCAGUGUGUUAGUGGUGCCCUAUCCUGAGCUGGUACCUGUGGUCUUCUUCUGCCUGAAGCAGACAACGUGUCCCCGCAGCUUGUGCAUCCGCAUGGUCUCCAGCCCAUGGUUCGAACGUGUGAGCAUGAUGGUGAUCCUGUUGAACUGCGUGACUCUGGGCAUGUACCAGCCCUGUGAGAACAUUGACUGCUCCUCAGACCGAUGCCAAAUACUAAAGGCCUUUGAUGCAUUCAUCUACAUCUUCUUUGCUCUCGAGAUGGUUAUAAAGAUGGUCGCUCUGGGAAUCUUUGGCCGGCGCUGUUACCUCGGGGACACAUGGAACCGGCUGGAUUUCUUCAUUGUCAUGGCAGGGAUGGUUGAAUACUCUCUGGACCUGCAGAACGUCAACUUCACUGCCAUACGAACAGUGAGGGUGCUGCGGCCUCUUAAAGCAAUUAACAGGGUGCCAAGCAUGCGUAUCCUGGUGAACCUGCUGCUCGACACUCUGCCCAUGCUGGGUAACGUGCUCCUCCUCUGCUUCUUUGUCUUCUUCAUCUUCGGCAUCAUCGGGGUGCAGCUGUGGGCGGGGCUGCUGAGGAACCGCUGCUACCCGGAGGAGAACUUCACACUCACCAGUGGCAUCAGUCUCCCUCGACCCUACUAUAUGGCUGAUGAGGAUGACGAGCGGCCCUUCAUCUGCUCUCUGCCUGUUGACAACGGCAUCAUGUCCUGCUCCGAUGUUCCCGCCCGCCGCGAGGGAGGCAGGACAUGCUGCCUGGACAAAGACGACGCCCUGUACCGCCAGUCGCUCGGUCUGAGUCCUGAGCCUCUGGCCAAUGGCAGCGUCAGUGUAGCCGGCCUGUGUGUCAACUGGAACCAGUACUACACCAGGUGUCAUACUGGGUACAGCAACCCUCACAAAGGUGCCAUCAACUUUGACAACAUCGCCUAUGCCUGGAUUGUCAUCUUCCAGGUGAUCACUCUGGAAGGCUGGGUGGAGAUCAUGUACUACGUGAUGGAUGCUCAUUCCUUCUAUAACUUCAUCUACUUCAUCCUGCUUAUAAUUGUUGGUUCUUUCUUCAUGAUCAACCUGUGCCUCGUGGUCAUCGCCACCCAGUUCUCAGAGACCAAGCAGAGGGAGCAUCAGCUGAUGCAGGAGCAGCGAGCUCGGUGCUCGUCCUCCUCCACCCUGGCCAGUGAACCCGGAGACUGCUACGAAGAGCUCUUCCAGCUCGUUUGCCACGUCUUGCGCAAGGCAAGGAGACAAACUGUUGCCCUUUUCAACACCCUGCGAGGGAAACCUCGUGGCUUUCGUGGUGUUGGAAGAGGUAGAGUUGGAGGGGAAGGGAGGGAGAGGAAGGCCAAUGGACGUGGAGGACGUGAGAGAAGAAGAGAGGUGUUGAAGCACGGUCCUCCCUGUCCCCAUCAUAAUAAACCAGACCACGCGUCAUCCUCUGAGCCCAUGGCCCUCACUGCUGCCUCCGCCACAGAUGGCUGCCCUCAGUGUGCAGCGGCGCUGACGCUCGCUGAUGGGGUGGGACCAGCUCGCAGUGCAGCCAAUGAUGAAGCAGAGGAGGGUGCUGUUGAGGAAACAGACAGGGAGGAUGUACAGUCCGGCGGUAAAGAGAAGGCCAAGAAAGGCCUCGACAGUGCAGGAACUAACGUGGGAUGUAGCCCUAAGAAGCGAUGCAAGGAGCUAUGGUACGAGAUUAGGACGAAGCUGUGGGGCAUCGUGGAGAGCAAGUACUUCAACCGAGGCAUCAUGAUCGCCAUCCUGAUCAACACCAUCAGCAUGGGCAUCGAGCACCACGAGCAGCCAGAGGAACUCACAAAUGUUCUCGAGAUCUGCAACAUCGUCUUCACCAGCAUGUUUUCCUUGGAGAUGAUCCUUAAACUCACAGCUUUUGGCUCCUUUAACUACCUGAGAAACCCCUACAAUGUCUUUGAUGGAGUCAUUGUCAUCAUCAGUGUCUGUGAGAUUGUCGGCCAGUCCGAUGGCGGUUUGUCUGUGUUGAGGACCUUCAGGCUGCUGAGGGUGCUGAAGCUGGUGAGAUUCAUGCCAGCUCUGAGGAGACAGCUGGUGGUCUUAAUGAAGACCAUGGACAACGUGGCCACAUUCUGCAUGCUGCUCAUGCUCUUCAUUUUCAUCUUUAGUAUCCUCGGGAUGCACAUCUUUGGCUGUAAAUUCAGUCUGAAGACGGAGACCGGAGACACGGUACCAGACAGGAAGAACUUUGACUCCCUGCUAUGGGCCAUUGUUACUGUUUUUCAGAUUCUAACCCAGGAGGACUGGAAUGUGGUUUUGUACAAUGGUAUGGCAGCCACCUCGCCAGUUGCUGCUCUUUACUUUGUGGCCCUCAUGACCUUUGGAAAUUACGUCCUCUUCAACCUGCUGGUGGCCAUCCUAGUUGAAGGCUUUCAGGCAGAGGGUGAUGCAAAUCGUUCUUAUUCGGACGACGACCGCUCCUCCUCCAACUUUGACGAGAGUGAGAAACAUGACUCUAUCAAGUUGUCUGACCCGAGGAUCUGCACCCUGACACCUAAUGGCCACCUGGAGCUGGGUGCCCUUUCAGGACCCAGAGGAUCCUACUCCUCAGAGAGGCGAAGCUUUACCAUCGGCUCCAGAAAGAGCAGUGUGAUGAGCCUGGGCAAGAGCAGCCUGGAGAGACGCUCCCUCUCUCUGCGCCAUGGUCGCAGUUCCAACUACCACAACUGGGGGCACCCUUUCCCUCCACAGUCUGCAUGGAGUCGCAGGUCUAGCUCGAACAGCCUGGGUCGGAGGAGCUAUGGGUUCGGUGGGGCACCGCCGGUGGGAGGCAGCCUUCGUGUGCGCAGCACUCGCUCCCCCCACUCCUACACCUAUGCUGCAGAGCAGGAGUCCCUUCUUUCUCACCCACCCCACUCCCAUCAUCCUCUGCCCCCUCAUCAUCCACCUCCGCCCCCACUGUUCCUCUCUAGACAUUUUGCAAGGAGGGAUCGACGGGCUCUUUCUCUGGAGCUCCCAGAGCUGCUUCGGGCAGGUGGACAGCCCCCAUGCCUGCCCCCCAUCCACCCAGACCCUGGGAGGAGGAGUGGGUCCAGGGCAGGAGGGUCCCUCGUAGGAGGGUCCGCUGGUGGUAGUGGUUUAGGUGUGGACCACCGGGACUGCAAUGGCAAGGCGCCAGGUCCCCACACUCAGCUGAUUGCUGAGGUUUUCCCUCAAGUCAACGCCCGAAAAGACAGAGCAGACCUUGAUGAAGAAACAGACUAUAGUUUGUGUUUCCGCAUCCAGAAGAUGAUGGAGGUCUACAAGCCAGACUGGUGUGAAUCCAGAGAGGAGUGGUCUGUCUACCUGUUCUCCCCUCAGAACAAGUUCAGACUGCUGUGCCAGUCCAUUAUUGCUCAUAAGCUGUUUGAUUACGUGGUUCUGGCCUUUAUCUUCCUCAACUGCAUCACAGUGGCUCUGGAGAGGCCGAAGAUUUUGCAAGGCAGCCUGGAAAGACUGUUUCUCACAAUUUCCAACUACAUCUUUACUGCCAUCUUUGUUGCAGAGAUGACUGUUAAGGUGGUGUCCAUGGGUUUGUACCUCGGAGAAACAGCCUAUCUGAGGAGCAGCUGGAACAUUCUAGAUGGUUUCCUGGUCUUCGUGUCACUGAUAGACAUUGUGGUGUCCAUGGCAGGCGGGGCUAAGAUCCUGGGAGUUCUCCGUGUUCUCAGGUUGCUCAGGACGCUGCGUCCUCUCAGGGUGAUCAGCAGAGCUCCAGGGUUGAAGCUGGUAGUCGAGACCCUCAUCACAUCCCUCAAGCCCAUCGGCAACAUUGUGCUCAUCUGCUGCGCUUUUUUCAUAAUCUUUGGCAUCCUUGGUGUUCAGCUCUUCAAAGGCAAGUUCUACUACUGUGUGGGUUUCGAUGUGAAGAACAUCACGAACAAAUCUGACUGUCUGGCUGCCAACUAUCGAUGGGUUCAUCACAAAUACAACUUUGACAAUCUUGGACAGGCCCUGAUGUCCCUGUUUGUGUUGGCAUCAAAAGACGGCUGGGUCAAUAUAAUGUACCAUGGACUGGAUGCAGUAGGAAUUGACCAGCAGCCGGUGACCAACAACAAUCCGUGGAUGCUGCUCUACUUCAUCUCCUUCCUCUUGAUCGUCAGCUUCUUCGUCCUCAACAUGUUUGUGGGCGUGGUGGUGGAGAACUUUCACAAGUGUCGGCAGCACCAGGAGGUGGAGGAGGCCAGGAGGCGAGAGGAAAAACGCCAGCGCCGCAUGGAGAAAAAAAGAAGAAAGGCCCAGAAACUGCCGUACUAUUCUAACUACGGCCGUGCCCGCCUGGCUAUUCAUGCUCUGUGUACCAGCCACUACCUGGACCUGGUCAUCACCUUCAUUAUCUGCAUCAAUGUCAUCACCAUGUCCCUGGAGCACUACAACCAACCACAGUCUCUGGAGACUGCACUGAAGUACUGCAACUACUUCUUCACAUCCACCUUUGUGAUUGAGGCCUCACUGAAGCUGGUAGCCUUUGGCUUUCGACGCUUCUUCAAGGACAGGUGGAACCAGCUGGACUUGGCCAUUGUGCUGCUGUCAGUAAUGGGCAUCACCCUGGAGGAGAUCGAGAUCAACGCCUCUCUUCCCAUCAACCCCACCAUCAUCAGGAUCAUGAGGGUGCUGAGGAUAGCACGAGUGUUGAAGUUGUUGAAAAUGGCAACCGGGAUGAGAGCUCUGCUUGAUACAGUGGUCCAGGCUCUUCCUCAGGUGGGAAACCUGGGCCUGCUCUUCAUGUUGCUGUUUUUCAUCUAUGCUGCUCUGGGAGUGGAGCUGUUUGGAGAACUAGUGUGUAAUGCUGACUACCCCUGUGAGGGAAUGAGCCGCCACGCUACUUUUGAAAACUUUGGAAUGGCCUUUCUUACACUCUUCCAGGUUUCAACCGGCGACAACUGGAACGGCAUCAUGAAGGACACUUUGAGGGAGUGCCCUCCGGGUCAUCCAGGCGCUGACUACGGCUGCCAUGCUGGACUGCAGUUCAUCUCCCCGAUGUAUUUCGUGUCCUUCGUGCUCACAGCGCAGUUCGUCCUGAUAAACGUGGUGGUGGCUGUGCUCAUGAAGCAUCUGGACGAUUCCAACAAGGAGGCGCAGGAGGACGCCGAGAUGGACGCUGAAAUUGAGUUAGAGUUGGCUCAGGGAGGCCUCUGCUGCAUGAUGGGGGGCAUCGGAGCUAUCGCCGGAGCCACAGGUGGCGCUGCAGGUGGGGUGGGUGUGGGCGGCGCAGCGUCUGGUGCGAUUGCAGCCGGGAUGGUCGGUGGUCCAAGUGGUGGCAUGAUGGCACCGCUACGAGAUGGAGGAGGCGCUGCAGCUCAUGAGGGGCACACACACCAUCGAUCUCAGCUCUACUCUCCUGCUCAGGAGAGCCAGUGGCUGGACAGUGUGUCUCUGCUGAUUAAGGACUCGUUGGAAGGGGACAUGAUUGACAACCUCUCCGGUUCGGUUUUUCAUCACUACUGCUCUCCUCCUGUCUGCAAGGACUGCAAGAGUCACCCAGAAGAGAUUCGAUUGGCAGAGGUGGAGCAGGCGUCGCUGAUGUCAGAGCAGCUGUCAGACAAGUCAUCAUCUCCAGCUCUGCCUGAUGACCUCAGCCUGGAUGAGUACAGCAGCUACCAGCUGCUGGUCAGAGGCAGCCAGAGGGGCAGCAGUGACUCCCACAGUUCGGAGGAGUUGCCCACACAGGGGGGCUACAGAGGGCUUCGUCCCUCCAGCUCAGGAAGCGAGGAUGAUGUCCAGGAGCUGUUUGAAGUGGGCAUCCAUCCUCAGUUAAAUCCUCCCUCGCUGGAGCAACAAAGCCCGGCACACUGCAAAGGUGCGGAUGAAGGGAGCUGCAGUGGAGGUGGUGGUGGGUCUUCACCCAUGUUGCACCUACCAGCAGACUUCUUCCACCCAGCUGCCACAGCUCAUCCAGACAGUCCAGGGAACGGUGUUAGCCCAGGGGACAGAGGGCCAUCCAGGUUGGCCUCCCCAGCCUCCUGGGUGUCCCUCCGCUCACCUGGAGCCAGCAACAGGCCUCUGAGCUCUCAGCACCCGUCCCACAGCGACUCCUCCUUGGCCACAGGAAGCUCAGAGGGCAGCCUGCAGACCACGCUGGAAGAAGGGCUCAGCUUCAGCGUCUCCCCACCCCGAGUUCUGGGUCUCCCCAUGCCUCUCCUCUGCCCUCUCCCCAGCCACCCUUCACACCCCCAGGGACCGACCACAGGCGACCAGGGCCGCUCUUCAAUAAAGAGACGCAGCACUACUUUAACCCUCCAAGCCACCCGUCGGCACCAGAGGAGUCAGAGCAGCAGUGGAGGCGGCAGCACGAGCCCCGGCUGCCCCCGGCAGGACUCCAUGGACCCUUCAGACGAGGACGUGGGCACCGGGACGGGCAGGGAAGGCUGCCGCCAGACCUUCAACAGCGAACACUUGUCAGAAACUUUCAACAGCCUCUCUCUGACCUCGCUGCUCACCCCGGGCUCUCUGGCACCCCCGCUGGUGAAGAAAUGUAACAGCACAGGUUCUCUAGACCAAACCAAUCUAUCUGCCCGGAGUAAAGAUGGGCGCCAGUUCUACGGCAUAGAUACCCAUGGUUACCUUUCCAAUCCCUGGACAGAGGAAAGGGCAAGAGGUGAGGAGGAGGACAAUGACAUCACAGGAUUCAGCAUGAAAAGCAGCAGUCGGCCCACAGACACAAGCUCCAGGAAAAAAAGAUGAAACACUUGUUGCCUCUCUGUAGUGGAACUCUUCAACUAUUUGCAUUUCUGGAUUUUGAACAGAACAGGGAGAGACUUUGAGUACAUGUCCUGUGAACCCAUCUCUGGAACUCUCUCUCGUCUUUGAAUUGUCUGUUCUCUCUCUUUCCUCCUCAGAUGCGGCUGCUUGGGAUCAGUCAUUUGUCAAAAGAUGACUGGUACUUCUGAGUUUUGACAUCCAUGGAAUGAUUUCUACAGGAUAUGCGGUUGCUCUUUGACAGGUCUUAACACUAUUGACAAGGGGCCUUUAAGUAUAAUCAGGAAUCCGCCUUGAAUGAUCUGGCAGUCCCAGGCUUUGUAUUUUAGCCAUCUUGACAGAAUAAUCCGAAAGCCAUUAGAGAAAUGGGUCUGAAAAUUGCGGUAAUUGAUGGACAUUACGAAAGUGAUGUUAUUUACAUGAAGGAACAGGGCUUGCUUGACCCAGUGUGGCCUGAACCUUUGCGCAAAACCAGUGUUGUCACAAUUGGACAGAUGACAAACUCUGAAGCUUCUUUUGAGGAAGAACUGAACUUUGUACAGUUGUUCUUUUUUUGUUGUUGUUCUUUUUUUUGUAAUAUCCAUCAGUAAUAGUAGCACUAACCUUUUAUUUUCUCUUUGACAGAGUCGGGGGGUAAUGGAAAAUUGAAAGGUUGUAUAUUCUGUGUGUUUUGUUUUGUUUUUUCAACUUCAACACAUUGAAGUUGUGUGAAUGUCGAUAUGCCUGUCUCCAUUUGUAAGAAAGAGGGAGGCCAAGACAAGCGAGGAGCCUGACUAGUCGGAAAAUUGACGAAGGGCCUCUUUGAAAAGAAGAAUGGAUAUAUGACUGCUGCUGAGAUACUUGUGGGUAGUUAGUGGAAGCAUUGGUCACUUCCCGAGUGGAGUCUUGCUUUCUUUAUACCCAUGAAAGGGCUAAAAUGUAUUGAAUGCAGACCUGGGCCAAAUACUAUUGGCAAACAAUUGUUUGCUGCCUACCACAGUUGUUUGAAAAUGUUGGUUAGGUACAUCCACUCCUUUUCUGGAGACUUUGCUGAUGUUAAUAUAUUAGUACAUCAGAUUAAAGCUAUAUUUAGCCAUUUUUAAACAAAAAUGUUGAAAUACGGUUCCCUCUACAAACACUUUAAAGGACUUUUUCAGUAAAUGUCCUACAUACGUACAUAUUAAAUAGGUUGUUGUACUUUCUACAAGUCAAAGAUAAAAUCUGAACAAAUCUAAAAACAAUUCUUUAACAUAAUAUGUAGAUUAAUGCAAUUUUUGUUUCUGAAUUCUCCAGCUUCACCCUCUGGGUACCGUAAUAAUAGCAUCUCUGCAUCCAACAGUUGUUGACUGCUGACAGUUCUGUUGACAUGCUACCUACCUAUUAAAUCCACCACACGAGGCUUGCUGUUCUCUGCAGUUCGGUGGAUAAAUCAGGAAUGACUCAGCCCAAAUGAUUUGGAAAAUGUCAGCAUGUUAUUAACAAAAAUCCAAUAUUAUGCAUCUCUGUUGAUACUGUCUUGUAUGUAAAGGCUACCUUUGGAUACGCGUUUGCAUUUGUAUCAACAGUGUUUGCCUACUGACAACAAAGCCACAGCAUCAGAUCCAAUAUUGCCACUGGUAUAGGCCCUAGUUAAUCGCCAGGUUGCUAGCAUGUCAACAGUUCCUUCUUUUAUUGUAGUCACCAGAAAGCACCAGCAAUACAGUUUAUUGUAGAUCAAAAGAGAAGAUACUGGCUUAUAUGCAGGUGUCAUUUUGUGGGAUUGAUCGGGGGAAUCACAGAAAACUGGACAACAGAUUUUCUAAACCUUUUCCAAUUUUAAAAGGACCAGAAUAUAACUUAGCAACUCGUAGGGUCUUGUGAAGUCAGCGUACAGUCUGAAACGCAAGGACCUCGGAUUCUGUGUUAAACCCAAAUGAUCAUUUGACUCAGGUCUGCUUGAGUGUAGCACGAUAUUAGAAAAUAGCUAAUACUAUGGCAAGCAAUGUGGUCCAAACUGAUGUAGUUUUUACCUUUCAGCACUUGUCAUUUUGACAGAUUGUGAUGACCUGUCAUAUAAUAUAGUUGUGUCACAAUCUUUACAAUCCCAACCAGGUGGACCUCAGGUGGACCUAUAUGCACUCACACACACACAUAACACACACAUUAAAGCACACACAUAUACAUUAUCUCACACACACACACCAACAGCCACCAUCAUACAAAGAUGUCAACGUCAAAACAAUGCAGGAUGUUUCUGUAGUUGUUUGUGAUGAGACUUUCCCUGCUUUGUCUUCAUUCCCCUCCUUAUUUUCAUUCCAUCGUAUUAUCUCCCUUCCACAGGAAAGCGGGAGGAUUAAAUGACUAUUGACGACCCCACCUCUAUUUGAGAUAUGCAAUAUGCUACAGUAGAUGUACAGUUAGAUGUAUGAGACUCAUAUAGAUAGGCAAUAUGGUGAGAGAAGAUUAUAUUUAUGAAUUCAUGUAUUAGAAUAAAAUGUCACCAAGAUUCAAAGGUCACUGAAAGGAUGAUGAUGUAUUCAUGUAUUCCACAGUGUGUGUGUGUUCUCUUUUUCCCUCCCAUCUCCUCCACUUGAUUUUCUUUAUUUCCAAAAUGCAUGUGGGUUGUUGUUUUUUUUUUUUCCAUUUGAUUAAAUGUCAUUCUAGUGUCAUAUAAAAGUGAGAUAGCUUUUCAACA